AUGCUCCAAUUCCUUCCUUGGACACUACUCUGCUACUCAUCUCUGUUCUGUGUUCAUGAACUGAAUGGCCACCAAAGAGAAUUGCAGGAACGAGCUCCGUGCUGCCAUCCGUCAGCUCAGCGACCGCUGCCUCUACUCCGCCUCUAAAUGGGCGGCGGAGCAACUGGUCGGAAUCGAGCAAGACCAGACGAAGUACCCCACUUCACACACGCGGUUCCAGCGCGGGAGCUCCAGCAUUCUUCGCCGCUUCCGCACCGCCGCGGGAGAAGGCACCUUUUCUAGCACCCCGACAGCGGGCGUGUCCUAUGUUGCUACCCCGCCGGUGCUCGAUGAUGAAUUCGAGGCAUUUGACAGUGACUUUUACCUGCUCGCCAAGUCUUACUUUGAUUGCAGGGAGUACCGACGGGCUUCACAUGUGCUCCGAGAUCAGAAAAGCAAGAAAGCUGUUUUCUUGCGGUGCUAUGCACUUUAUUUGGCUGGUGAGAAGAGAAAAGAUGAAGAGAUAAUUGAACGUGAAGGCUCUUUAGGGAAGAGUGUUGAUGCUGUGAACCAAGAAUUAGUCUCUCUUGACAGGGAGUUGUCAACACUUCACAAAAAUGGAACAAUUGAUUCCUUCUGUCUUUACUUGUAUGGUCUUGUGCUUAAACAGAAAGGCAAUUACAAUCUUGCCCGCACAGUGCUCGUGGAGUCCGUGACUAACUAUCCAUGGAACUGGAGUGCUUGGGCUGAGCUACUAUCCUUGAGCACCACAAUUGAGACGUUAAACAGCCUUAACCUUAGCGAUCACUGGAUGAAAGACUUCUUUCUAGCAAGUGCUUACCAGGAAAAUCGAAUGCAUGCUGAGUCCUUGGCAAAGUAUGGCGAUCUACAUGGAACUUUCAGUUUUAGCAAUUACAUACAGGCUCAAAUUGCUAAAUCUCAGUACAGCCUUAGGCUGUUUGAUGAAGUUGAAGUAAUAUUUGAAGAGCUUUUAAGAAAAGAUCCAUACAGAAUUGAUGACAUGGAUAUGUAUUCCAAUGUGCUGUAUGCUAAGGAAUGCUCUUCUGCUUUAAGCUACCUUGCCCACCAGGUGAUUUUGAUAGAUAAAUACAGGCCAGAGUCCUGUUGCGUUAUUGGAAACUACUACAGUUUGAAGGGGCAGCAUGAGAAGUCAGUCCUGUAUUUUCGGAGGGCUCUCAAAUUGAAUAAAAAUUAUUUGUCAGCAUGGACGCUAAUGGGUCAUGAGUAUAUAGAAAUGAAGAACAUCCCAGCAGCAGUUGAUGCAUAUAGGAGGGCCGUGGACAUAAGUCCAUGCGAUUAUCGAGCAUGGUAUGGGUUAGGGCAAGCUUACGAGAUUCUAGGAAUGCCCUUGUAUGCGCUUCAUUAUUUUAAGAAGUCGGUGUUUUUGCAACCCAAUGAUUCUCGAUUGUGGAUUGCCAUGGCGGAAUGUUACAAAACAGAGAAACUCAAUAGGCUUGAGGAGGCAAUCAAGUGUUACAGAAGGGCAGCAAACUUGAAUGAUAGGGAAGCUAUUGCACUUGACCAACUGGCAAAAUUAUAUUUUCAGCUAGGCCGUUCUGAAGAGGCAGCAUUUUACUACGAGAAGCAUUUAGAGAGGAUGGAAUCUGAGGAGAGAGAGGGACCCAACGUGGUUGAAGCCAUACUCUUUCUUGUCAGACAUUACAAGGAUCAGAGGAGAUUCGAAGAAGCAGAGGUCUAUUGUCUCCGACUUCUUGAGUACAAGGGCCCUGAGCGAGAACUGGCUAAAACUCUACUUCGAGGAAUAAGGGAUGAAAUGGAUGUUGAGCAUGUUCCAUCAUAAGGGCCUCUUUGCAUCGGAGGGGUUGGAGGGAAAGAUUUUAGUGUGCUUGUAUCUUCAUUUGUAUUUUAGAUUAUACAUAAAUUUGAAGAUUAAUUCCUCCCUAAUAAUAGAAGGGUCAAUUAAGUUAUGUUUCACGGUUCUGGUCCUUUUUCCGUUAGGUCUAGUUUUGUUUCUUUGCUUCCGUUUCCAUUCCGUUAGCGUGACUGAUAUAUAUCCCCCAUCCCCCAUCCCCAAUUGUGUGGCUGUUAUUUCAUCCCUACAGUUUUUACUAUUCCCCAUACUUCUUCUCUGCUCCAUUUAGAACACCGUAUAUCCAUGGAUUUGGAUCUUUUCACGCUCAUCUCCAGCAUUCUUCCUUUGUCAGAUGGAUACAGACUUAUUCGCAGGGUUUUCUUGGCUGCUGGAUCAACAAGUAAAUCAGGAGUUCUUUGAAGCAAUAAUCGCCUCCGUUCAUCUUUCUCUCUGAGGCAUCUGCUUAUUCUAUUUUCACUUCAAUCUAUUUGAGAUAAUAUUUGAGCCAUAGGGAGGAAAUGUAAUGGCCCUAGGGGAGUAAUAGAGAAAUUGUUGAUUACAAAAUAAAUCCCACUGUUCUUGUGUAUCUCAGACAAAAGGUCAGCUAAGAGUUGUAAGUGCGUGUUCUAGUAAAUGUUGUUACAAAGGUGACUUUGAGCAAGCAAUGGAAAAGGCCUGGACCUGUCGCGGGCGUGGAGAGACCGGACCUCUAAACAUGGUCUGUAACGGAACAUUUUUGUUUCUGUAUGGUUUCACUGGUUAUUGCUACAGUCACUGG